CGUUAGGAGGAAGUAGCAGAAGGGAACGCCCCUCUGGUAGCUAGUGUUCAGAGUGGAGAAGCUUCUUUACUGGCCGGUGGAACAGCAGGAGAACAGCAGCAGCAGCAGCAUGGCUCAGGAGUUUGUGAAAGCUAAGAUCCAGGGGGAUAAAGUGGUGGUGUUCCUGAAGCCCUCGUGCCCUUACUGCGUUACAGCCAAAGACGUUCUCUCCAAGUACAAGUUCAGAGCUGGACACCUAGAGAUGAUCGAUAUCAGUGGCCGGAGCGACAUGAGCAGCAUUCAGGACUUCCUGCAGCAGAUCACUGGAGCUAGAACUGUGCCCCGUGUGUUUAUAGGUGAGGAGUGUAUUGGUGGGGGCAGUGACGUGUCUGAGCUGCACAGAAGUGGUAAACUGGAGGGAAUGCUGCAGAAGAUCGGAGCGCUGCAGUGAUGAGACAGCAGCACGCUGCGUGAGGGAGGUCACAUGAUGCUGCAGCGGGAUUUGCGCAGCUGUCUGCGGCGUUGCUGGUACUCGCUGAGCUCCUGCAGGUAUCCUCUGGAGGGCCAGCGCAGACACUCCACCUGCUCACGCUCGUCCUCUGUUCAACAACAGCAGCAGCACUGUGACUACACACACACACACCACAGCAACACUCCCAUCCCUCACACAUCCACACCACCCACACACACCCAUCUCACACACCCAGCCUCCACCCAGCACGUGCAUCUCACCCUCUGCUUCUGCUCUUUUUAGUAUAGAACAGUUUCAUCCAAUCACAGAACAGCAGUGUUGUCUGUGCAGUUUGGUACCGUAGGUUUGUACUGGAGACACAAAGCUAAUGUAGAUAACUCAUAAAAACAUGAAAACAUUAUUCAUUAUUCUGCAGUCAUCGUUAGGGUUAGUAAGGUUUAACAUGUUAUGAGAAUUGUUGGUUAUUAUAUUGUGUAAAUUUGACUGAUAAUGGUAUUGGAAAAAAAAUUACAAAAAGUUUACAAACCAAACAAUCAGUCAUUUAAUUAAAAAAAAUCAGCAAAUUAAUCCAUCAUAUAAAUAAUCAUUAUAUCUAUACUAAGAUGUUUUACAUAAACGUCCAUUUAUAAAUUGCUUUUUAUUUUUUGACUAAAGCAAAGAAUAGUUUUAAAAGAAUUCCAUCAAAAUUUCACCAGAAUUCACUAAAUUAACAAAAUACCCUAUUAUUAUUCUAUUAUUGGUCAAUAUAUAAAAUAAUAUCAAUAAUAACGUAAAAGAGAGGAACAAAAAGUGAAAAUCUCAUAUCUUUGCUACCCUAAUCAUGUUCACUUCAAACUGCUUUAUCAUAUAUCAUAUUUAUAAAAUCUGAGUUAAAAAAAAGUUUACUUUUUAUAUCCAAUCAGAACAAUGGGAUCCAACAACAGAGCACAACACUGCUAACUAGUGGACGGGGUUUAAAAACAAAAAAAGGAACCACUUUUUUUGUCUUCAAACUAAUAAUUAAAAAUCUAUACAGUAUUGUAAAUCGAAAUAACACAAUAAUUCGAUAAAUCAAUAUUUUCUCACUGCCCGACUAUAUAAUGAGAUACUAAUGAGGGAGGAUUUGUUGUUAGCUACAUUAGCAUCACAGCUACUGUAACUCCAGUGCAAAAAUAAAGAAGCAAACUUCAGAAACCAAACUGUAAAACUGACAACACAUCUUAACAUGAUUAACUGACUUAACAGGUAAAACUGUCCUAAAUGUUUGCACUAGCAUGGCUUCACAAAUCCGUCCAUUUAACCAUUGUCUGGUUUAAUGAUUUACAUUAGCAUGUAAAAUGAAUUAAAUAUGUAAAAUCAGCAAA